GCAUCCGUAUUCCAAACCGGCGAGACUUUGCUUUCCAGUCUACGUGAGUAGGUGGACAUAUCAGGUGCUCUUCGACGGUUUUUACACCAUGAACACGUGUAUGACAUUGUUGACGCCGAAGGUGUUUGUGUACCCACCGCUUAUCUCUGUGCGCUCAGGCUUUUCCCAAUUCUACUGGCUUCAACGUCGGGUCCAAAUACUUAUAGCUAUCACAUCUCAUGUCAAAGGCAUCAAGCACUGACGGUAAUGAGGACCAGCGCGCCAAUACCAGCGAGCAGCCUUCCCUAGAACAGGAUAAUCCAGAACCCCCGCAGGAUUCAGACGGACCUUCAGCGAUGGAGCUACGAUCAGUGACCUCGAACAUUGGGCCUUCCAAGUCAUCAGAACAUCGCGAACAGGAAAAUACUUCCAAGGCUUCAUUAGACGACUAUUUACCUCCCCAGGCAAAAAAUGUUGUUGGGAAGAAGGACCAGCCAGAUCCGAGUCUCAACGAAUUAGCAGAUGUCAUGAAACAAGUAUUGGAUGUUCUCCAGGACUCGACAAUUGCGUCGAAGAUUGGCAAGGACGAUCGGUCUCGUUUCUGGGGGGUGUACAAAAGAGUCGCAGAGGAACACGACGACGAGUUCCUCGAGCGAUACACUACUGACAUGGACAUCGUCUUGAUCUUUUCUGGUCUUUUCUCCGCUGUCAGCACGUCUUUCAUCGUCGCGAUGGAGUCCAAUCUCAGUCCCGACCCCAGCGACACCACGAAUGCGCUUCUGAAGCAACUCGUGCAGAUAGGACUCGGCAACCUCGCUCAGGCGGGCCCCACUCCAAAAGAACCAGCAUCUACGUGGUCGCCGUCAGAGUCGACUCUGAGGAUCCAAAUGGUCGUAUAUGCAAGCUUAUCCAUGAGCUUGCUAGCAGCAUUCGGGGCCGUACUGGGAAAGCAGUGGCUUGGGUACUACAAGUCGAAUAGAUAUGGUCGCGGCUCGCAGGAAGAACAAGGCAAACCGGCUCGCAACGUCAACGGAUGGUGAGGCACGUUUUCUUACAUAUGCUCAUAUGUUGACCGUUUCUUGUCAGGCGUGCUGCAACCAUUGCUUGCUACCCUCAGCUCAAGCUGGGCCCGAUUUUCCGAAGCACUAGCAGGCCCUAUUCGUGCCACUUGCGCAUUCGCACGACGUUCUCUUCAGCUGUUCUUUGCUGCGCUUCACAAAGUGCUGCGUUCUUUGCUUCCGCACUCUUUGACAAAUGU